AUGGGGAAGAGCUCGAAGGCUGAGAUAAGAGGCGGUGAGCCGUUGGCGACUGAUUAUGAGGUCUUCUUGAAUUUCAGAGGACCAGAUACUCGUCAAGGAUUUACGGAUUGCCUGUACCACGGUAUGCUAGAUGCGAAUAUCUGUGUUUUCUUCGACAAGGAAGAACUCCACAUCGGUAAAGAAAUAGGCAAUGAGCUAUCGACAGCCAUCAAAAAGUCGAAAAUCUACAUACCCAUAUUCUCUAAAGGUUAUGCUUCGAGUGCAUGGUGCCUUCAUGAGCUCGCACACAUGGUGGAAUGCAAGAAAUCCAAACCAUCCGAGAAGGAGAUUUUGCCGAUUUUCUAUGACGUGGAGCCUCGCGAUGUCAAGCUUAAGUCUGAAUUGUACGUUAGCGCUUUGGUGAAGCAUGAAGAUAUGUUCGGUCGCCAGAGAAGGUUAAAAUGGGAGGAUGCCCUCAGAAGCGUUGCCCAAAUCAAAGGAUGGGAACUGAAAAACCAAGGGUACUGGAAAUUCAUUAAAUCGGUGAUACAAGAGAUUGUGAUGAAGCUAAAGACAAAAGACAAAUACGUUGCUGAGCAUAUAGUCGGAAUGGAUGAACAAGUGGAAGCUGUCGUGGAGUUGUUGGACGUGGACUCCAAGGUCAUGCGCUUUGUUCUAAUUCAUGGAAUGGGAGGAAUUGGUAAAACGACUCUUACUAAGGUUGCAUUCAAUAAGCUAAAUUCACUCUUUAGUCAUUGCUGCUUUCUGGGAAAUGUUCAAGAGUUGUCGCUCAGGUUUGGCCUCAUGACUUUACAGAAACAACUAUUAUCUGAUAUUUUUGGUUCAGGCUUUCGUGACGUAAUUAAUGAUGUUGAUGAUGGGAUCAAAAUGAUUGCGCAGCGACUUUCUAACAAGAAAGUUUUCAUCGUUUUGGAUGAUGUGGGUAAUGAGGAACAACUCGAGAAACUAGCCAUCAAGCACAUUUCUUUCAACUUGGGAAGCAAAAUUAUUAUUACAACUAGGAACAAAAGCAUCUUAAAAGCUUACCAAACAUUGGAGUACGAAGUGAAGCCAUUGGAUUAUGUUCAAUCACUUGAGCUUUUUUGUAGGCGUGCUUUUAAAAGAAACUUCCUCCAGAUGAUUAUAUGUAUUGAACCAUCGAAAGAAAUACCUUACGAGAAGGUCCAAGACAAGCUGAAGAUCGGCUACAAUGUGUUGAGUCAUGAGCAAAAACAGAUCUUUCUUGAUAUCGCCUGUAUGUUUGUGGACAAAGACAAGACAAAUGCAUCCUACAUGUGGAAGGAUUGUAGGUUUUUCCCAGAGUAUUCGAUUCAAGUCCUUGUCUGCAUGUCCCUGAUCAAGAUAACUGAUGACAACAAAUUCUGGAUGCAUGACCAACUGAGAGAUCUCGGGAGGAAAAUCGUCUGUGGAGAUACGGGGUUGAGAAAUCUAGGAAGGCAAAGCAGGUUGUCGUGUCCUGAUAUGGCGAAGAAUAUCAUAAGAACAAAAGAGGUGCAACAAUAA